UCUACCAAAUAAUCUUCCAUAGCUAGCUGAACAAUGUGAAAAUAUACCUGAAACUUCUUCCACAUCCCCACACAAACAGAGAAAAAACCAUGAUUCUUUUCAUCAGAAAUGCAAGUCUCACCCAUUCUUUAUUACUCAAACCUCAUCCUUUGAUUCUAAUCACAACUGUUAGAACUUAUGGAUCCCAUAGUAGAACUCCAUUUGAAGUUCUUGUGUUUGAUCAAUGCAAGUCUGGUCAAAUCAAGAAACUUGAAGAUGCACUGGGUUACUUUGAUAAAAUGGUUUCAGUGAAACCAUUGCCAUCAACUGAAACAUUCAAUCAACUAUUGAUUUCAGUGUCGAGAAUGAGAUGUGUUGAUGCAUUUGAGAUGUAUAAGAGGAUGAAACUGGUUGGAAUUCAACCUAAUGUAUUUACAGCUAACAUUUUGAUUAAUUGUUGCUGUCAAUUAAGUCGGUUGGAUUGUGCAUUCAGUUUGUUUGGUGAAAUGCUUAAGAGGGGUUUUCAAAUUGAUACCGUGACUUUCACUUCUCUGAUCAAAGGGUUGUGCCUGCAAGGGAAAGUUUUUCUUGCUCUUGAAGUGUUUGAGAGAAUGAUUGAAAUGGGAAUUCAACCGAAUGUCGUUACUUGCGGAACUGUAAUUAGCGGGCUUUGUAGAAUAGGUGAAGUAGGUAAUGCUCUUGAGUUGCAAAAGAAUAUGGGUAGAUGGAAUUGCAAGCCUGAUAUUGUUUCAUAUGGUGCAAUCAUAGAUAGUCUAUGCAAAAGAGGGUCAGUGAAAGAGGCUUUAAAUCUCUUUUCCCGAAUGAUAAAAGAUCAGGGAAUUGUCCCAAGUGUUAUUGUUUAUAGCUCUUUGAUCAGCGGACUCUGCAGUUCAGAUCGGCUGAGUGAGGCUCUGCAACUCUUUUAUAACAUGUCUGGUCGAGGCAUUGCUGCAGAUGCGAUCAUUUAUAGUUCUCUAAUUCAUGGUAUCAGCAAACAUGGAUUGCGGAAGGAAGCAAAGACAUUUUUUGAUGAAAUGGUGAAUAGAGGGAUCUCCCCGACAGUAGUAACAUAUAGUAUACUAGUAGAUUCUCUGUCCAAAGAAGGGAAGAUGAGAGAAGCAGGCGAGUUAUUUGCAGAAAUGAUUAGCUUAGGCAAAGAACCUAAUGCACUUACUUAUAACUCGAUGAUAGGUGGUCUGUGUUUGACAGGUAAGAUUGACGAAGCGCAUAGAUUGUUUGAUUCAAUGGGGGAUAAGGGCCUUGAACAUGACGAACACAGCUUCACUGUGUUGAUCAAUGGGUAUUGCAAGAACUUUAGGUUGGAUGAUGCUCUGCAGCUCUUCAAGAAAAUGAAACAAAAUGGAUUGAAACCAACACAAGUUACUUACAGUACACUAGUGAAUGGACUAUGUCGCGCUGGAAGAAUUAGGAAUGCGCAAAGCCUGUUUGAUGAGAUGCAAUCUGUUGGUAUAUCUCCAAAUGUAGUCACAUAUGGUGCCUUACUGGAUGGUCUUUGCAAGAAUGGAUACAUUGAUGAAGCAGUUGAUUUAUUUCAAUCUCUGGAAGGUAUGGGGUUUAAAUAUAAUAUUCGAAUUUGUAGUCUAGUUAUUGAUGGCUUGUGCAAGGCUGGUAAAUUUGAAGAUGCAAAAAGAUUGUUUGAUGAUCUCCCAAACAGAGCGCUAGUUCCUAACGUUAUAACAUAUACCAUAUUGAUCAGUGGCAUGUGUAAAGAAGGUAUGCAAUUUGAGGCCGAAAGAUUACUGUUUGAAAUGGAAAAGAAUGGUUGCUUGCCAAAUGCUGUCACGUAUAAAACUCUUAUUAAAGGUUUUCUUGAAGCCAAAGAUUUCAAGAAAGCUAAAGAGCUUCUUCAGAAAAUGAGGGAAAAAAACUUUCACUGAGCAAGGCCACUUCUCAUACUUUGAAUGACUGCACUGUUUAGUCCUCCAUAUGAAGUAUUAGCUUGCUUCCUUCCUAAAAACAGGUAAAUGGUCAAGAAGUUUACAAGGAUUAUGCAUGCGUAUAAUACAUUGCUAAUUCAAAUUCAGGGCCUUACGAUUUUGGAAGAGGUGCUUUCUGGAUAUUCCACUUUCUAAAUAUCACAUCAGGAAAGGCGAAGGAUAAAAAGAUUUUCAUGGGUCUGGGUCUUCUGUAGGGGCCUUCAAGACUGGGAAGUAAGUGCUCUAUGACGAGGGAAGCCAAGAUUUUGUGAGAAGAGUUAUUAGUGGUGACAAACUACUACGCAUUUAAAAUUUAGCUUUUAUAUACCAACUCUUUCGUAAUCUCGAGAAGUUCUAGAAAAAUUCAACCACUAUGAACCAUCAAAAUUGUACAGGACGUAAACAAAGAAUUUAUAGUGUGUGUUGAGAAAGAGCUCAACAUAAUGGAUGCGAAUGUCGAAGAGGAAUCAACUCAACGACUGGAAGAGCAAAACACAUGAAAGGUCACAGAGACGAGGAAUUCAUAAUGAUCAUGGCAAGCAAAGUAGCAUUAAAGAUUGCGAGAUUGAAGCCACCCUCUCACAAUUGUUGACAAAGGAAUCGGGACCUUACUAAACUCUCACUGCAAGUGUGUUUGCUGAACAGUGAAUAUGUCAAGUUUGUUAGAUAGGCUACAAGUUCAUUAUUAGGGAUCAAGAAGUUGGUGGAUAUUUACAAGGAAACUCACUUUUCCUGCAGUCACACUCUAAUCAUGGAACUCAAUCUUCUUGCAGCAUUUCUGAAAGCGAAUCGAUACUGUUUAAGGUCAUCGUGUUGGCAUCUACAUGAUUCCAAAUACGGUUUCCAUCUCUUUCUCUGGCCUCCUCCCUCCCCCAUAAUAAAAAAAAGACUCUUUUCAUCUCAUUUCCUUGGUUGAAUGUUAGGAAACAAGUGGGGGGUUUCGACGGAAGUCCGUGCUUGGUGCAGAAUAUCUCUAAUCGGCAUUAGGAUUUCUCCUCUCGAAAAGACUUCAGUUAUUAUGAUGGAUCUAAUUCGAGAAGGUCUUUUGAUUUUCUUAUUCACUAUAACCUCGUCAACCACUACAAGAGAUGUCAAAGCUUUGGAUUUGGAUGCACACUUUGAUGCUAACAAAAUUUGUGAUCUGGUCAAAAAGGAAAAUGAGAUUUUAUGCAGAGAUGCACUGUUGAUGUAUCCGGGUAUCUAUGGGCCUUAUGUUAACGAUGCUGGGUCUACUUUGAUCAGUGUGGCAAAGUUCCAUGCUAUGGAUGCAAAGAACGUAAUAAUGGGUUUGUUUCCGAAGGCUCCCCGUGCUCAAAAAAUUCAUCUUAAAUUUUGUCAACAUUUGUACGAUCAUUUUCUACAAAAAGAUUUAAAAUCCUUAUCUCGGUUGCUAGGGAAAAAGGAUUACACCGGCUUACAUAGGGCAGCAGGUGUUUUUAUAAAAUACGCAUCCGAUUGCGACGAGUCUUUCGAACCAGAACCAUCUCCCUUGAAACCACAUAACAUGUUUUUCUUUAAUGGUAACCUUUACCUCCAUGCGUUCAAAGAGAUAUGAAAGACAUUAAAGCCCAACCUUAGAUGGGCGAAGGCUGCAAAAUCAGGCACAGUCAACCUCCUCAAUGAUAUUUGUUAGGUGGGCAAGGUCCCAAUUCCAUGUCCCUUCGAAUUUGUGUUUAAUACAGAUUUCAGCCUAUAUAAGUGCUCCUCCAAAACAUUGUGAAUAACCGCUGUUGGCAUUGUUGCGGUCACAGUUACCCUCUCCGGGGUGGAGCCAAAGGGUUGACUAAUUAACCCUGGCUCUAGCCCCCCCUAAAAUUACUAAAACUGUUAAAAAGCCCUUGAUUUUAUAGUAAGUUUUACAUUUAGUCCACCUAGUUUUUAAAUUUAGCCCACUAGUAUAUAUAUAGUUUUUUUUAGUCCCCCUUAUUUUCAAAGUCCGGCUCCUCCACUGUUCCCAAACUUGAAACUCUUGAUAUUGGUUCAUUCUCUGGAGAUCUUGAGCCCUUUCCGUUUCCUGCCGCCAACAUUGUAGGAGGAGGAGGAACUGCAGUAGGCAAUUAUUUUCCAUCGCUUUGUGAAUUAACUCUUAGGGGAGGCGGCAAACUCAAAUGUUUACCUGAUCAAAUUCAAUACAUCACUUCUUUACAGUGCCUGCGGAUAAACCUUUUUAAUUCUUUGGUGGCUCUGCCAGAAUGGUUAGGUAAUUUGACUUCUCUUAGGUUUUUGACUGUGAAAAUGUUACGUAUCUGCCUUCACAAGAGAAGAUGCUACGGCUCACCUCACUACGAAAACUGUCUAUUCAUGGGUGUCAAGUCCUGGUGGAUAGAUGUAAACAAGGAGGAGAAGAGGCAUACAAGAUAUCCCCCGAGAUUGAAGUUGAUUACUAAAUCAAGGUGUUAAGGAAUAAGGAGCAAGUUCGGGUUCUUCAGUAUGUUUGGUGGUGGAUCGGAGACCAGCUUUCUGCUUCUACAACAAUCCUUGCAUAAGUUUUACUGUGAGAUUAUGUAGAUGUGCUAAUUUUUUUUUGGCAUUUUUUCUUCUUGUAGACAUCCACGCUGAGAUUUUACUAACAGAUGAAAAAGGAAGAAGAGACAAUUCUAAAAAAAUAUAAAGAACAUUUCCCAAACAAAGGAUCAGUCCAAUAAUACGACUCACCAGUAAAUAACGCGAGACUUUUUUGUAAAUCUCUGCUUUAAUGUAUUCUAAAAUAUAUGUACUUUCUCAAGGUUCUGUAACCGGUUUCACAAAAGUGUCCUUUCUUCAGAUAAAAUUAGGGUACGAUAUCCAUGUUUUCUUCAAGUUUUUCAAGCAAGGAGGAUAAAGUCUGGACUAUGCGCAGUUUCCCACAAGGAAAAUCCUGUUUGGAUCAUUAGAGAGUGACUCGUGUCAAGACAAGUAUAUAACAACACCUUGUGACACAAUCUUCCAAGUUCUCAAUUUGAUGAUUUAUCUAGCAAGUUGAACCUUGUUUUAGAACAAGUUCGAGCACUAAUCUGUGGACUACAAUCCUCUACAAAAACGCUUGCGGAGAAGAUAGAACUAGUUGAAUCCAGAUUGGACCUUAUUGAAGAGGAACAUGAUGAAUACAUAUAUUAUGAGAACAAUUUGGGAAUAUCCGAGUAAACUCUUUUGGUUCA